AAGAUUUACACAUUUAUAGGAGUGCAUAUGUAACAUUUUCCUAAAUAAAAUACUAAUUAAUUGGGUAGUGGGUUUUGGGUACACUCUGGGGUCUACUUUAGCGAAUACGUAGGAACCACCUCACUACUGUUUAUCUGAAGUCCCAUGCUAAUCCUCGUCAUCGGAGCUUUUAAAAGGGUCCCAACCCUUCUCUCUCUCUCUCUCUAUCUCUCUUUCUCUCUCUCCGCUACUCCACUCCAACAAGAGAACUACCAAAAUCGAACUCGUCACCGAACGCAAGAGGAGGAAGAAGAAGAAGCGAUACUUCCCCGCGUCUCCAAUGGCGUGGAGGCGCCUCGCUCGAACUGUUCGUCACCCUCGGCCGCUUCCCCCGCUCUGCGGCGCCGCGAUCUCCACCAAAGCCCCUUCUUCCGAAUCGGUUCCGCCGCGUUUCGGUUUCUCUCGUCUUCUUCCUCUCUCUCCCCUCGGCGCCGCUCCGAUCUCGCCCACUUUCCCUCCAUGCUCCGGUUCAUUGAUCGGUCGAUGUGGUUUGGGGAAGGCGAUGAGGUGGUUUUCAAGCCAAGCGUGGGUUGAUGUGCCCACUGGUGGAGUUGUGGAGGUGCCUCUGGCGCAAACAGGCGAGGGCAUCGCCGAGUGCGAGCUCCUCAAGUGGUUCGUCGAGGAGGGUGAUCAAGUGGAAGAAUUUCAAAGGCUUUGUGAGGUACAAAGUGACAAAGCCACUAUUGAAAUUACAAGCCGCUUCAAAGGAAAAGUCCUUCAAAUUCUUUUUGUUCCCGGUGAUAUAGUGAAGGUUGGUGAGACUUUAUUGAAGAUUCUUGUUGAAGACACUCCAAGCUCUUUAGACACUCAAAGUCCUUUGACAUCUGUCUCUGAUUUUGCUGGAGUAGAUUGUGAAAGCUCAUCAGAUGCAGAAGAAGAGAUUGUUGGGGGAAUUUUAGCUACACCUGCCGUUAGGCACCUAGCAAAGCAGCAUGGUAUAAACAUAAAUGAUAUUCGUGGAACAGGAAAAGAUGGAAGGGUUUUGAAAGAAGAUAUUCUGAAUUUUGUUUCUAGCAAGAUUACAAGCCAAGAACCACCUUCAAUUUCACGAACUAUUAUUGAUGAAGAUGAACUUGAGCUACUGAACAAUGGGAAAACAUUAAAUAUGAAUUUUGUCGAAAAUCAACAUUAUGAAGAUAAGACGAUUCCUCUCAGGGGAUAUCAGAGAUCGAUGGUCAAAUCAAUGAGCAUGGCUGCAAAAGUACCCCAUUUUCAUUACCUAGAAGAAAUAAACUGCGAUGCUCUUGUAGAUCUUAAGGCUGCAUUCCAAAGUGGAAAUACAGAUCAAAAUGUCAAGCACACAUUUCUUCCUUUCCUCAUAAAGGCUCUCUCAGCGGCUUUGAGUAAAUAUCCUCUGUUGAAUAGCUCCUUCCAUGAGGAAGCCAAUGAAGUUAUCGUUAAAGGUUGGCACAAUAUUGGAGUUGCGAUGGCCACUCCUUAUGGUUUAGUUGUGCCGAACAUAAAGAAGGUUCAAUCAUUAUCAGUAUUGGAGAUCACGAAGGAAUUGUCGCGGCUACAGCUGUUGGCAUCAAAUAACAAGCUAAGCUCUGAAGAUAUUACUGGGGGAACAAUAACAUUGAGCAACAUCGGAGCCAUCGGUGGAAAGUUCGGAUCUCCACUUCUUAACUUACCUGAAGUGGCCAUUAUUGCAAUUGGACGGAUUCAUAAACUUCCCCGUUAUGAUGAUGAUGACGAAACUAUAUAUCCUGCUUCUGUAACCAAUGUGACUAUCGGGGCUGAUCAUAGAGUAGUAGAUGGAGCCACAGUUGCUAGGUUCUGUAACGAGUGGAAGCUUCUGAUCGAAAAGCCGGAGCUGCUUUUGUUACACAUGAGAUGAUUCAGAUAAAAAUAGCCCAAUUGAGUUAAAAAUUCUGAAAAAGUUUGGCUCCUGAAGCUAGUGAUUAUUCAACUAGAAAGAAGCUUUUCUGAAAUAAAGGCGAAAGUAGAUAUGUUUUGUUGUUGGAAAGCAGCAAAAUAACCAAUUUGUCUAUGCAUUCAGCAGACAUUUGUAUACAUAUUUAUAUGAAAGUGAAAAAUGAAAUUUGAUCUUGAUAUAUGUUGGUUCAA